GCGGCCCCGCCCCCGCCCGCGGAACCGGAAGUGGAGCUGGAUCCUGGGAGCGGCGGGCGCGGCGGAGCCAGGGACGAUCCGGGCCGGACCGACUCCAGGCGUCGACGGAAUCAUUCCCAAAUGCCGGGAAAUCCCUCAUUGGAUUGCUGUUUUUUAAACAGACUUUUGUGAACAGCCUUUCAUCUUCAGCCGGAAAGAAAGAUGUGGAAAGCUUCGGCAGGCCACGCCGUGACCAUCACCCAGGACGACGGGGGAGCUGACGACUGGGAGACUGACCCCGAUUUUGUGAACGAUGUAAGUGAGAAAGAACAGAGAUGGGGGGCCAAGACCGUGCAAGGCUCUGGGCACCAGGAGCACAUCAACAUUCACAAGCUGAGAGAGAAUGUUUUCCAAGAACACCAGACCCUCAAGGAGAAGGAGCUUGAAACGGGGCCCAAAGCCUCUCAUGGUUAUGGAGGGAAGUUUGGCGUGGAACAGGACAGGAUGGACAAAUCGGCCGUCGGCCAUGAAUACCAGUCCAGCCUUUCCAAGCACUGCUCGCAGGUCGACUCUGUCCGUGGCUUCGGAGGCAAGUUCGGUGUCCAGCUGGAUAGAGUUGACCAGUCUGCUGUAGGCUUUGAGUACCAGGGGAAAACAGAGAAGCACGCCUCCCAGAAAGACUACUCGAGUGGCUUCGGCGGCAAGUACGGCGUGCAGGCCGACCGGGUGGACAAGAGCGCCGUGGGCUUCGACUACCAGGGCAAGACCGAGAAGCACGAGUCGCAGAGAGAUUACUCCAAAGGCUUUGGUGGCAAGUAUGGCAUCGACAAGGACAAGGUGGACAAAAGCGCCGUCGGCUUUGAGUAUCAAGGCAAAACGGAGAAGCACGAGUCCCAGAAAGACUACGUGAAAGGGUUUGGAGGGAAGUUCGGUGUGCAGACAGACAGACAAGACAAGUGUGCCCUGGGCUGGGAUCACCAGGAGAAGCUGCAGCUGCACGACUCGCAGAAAGAUUAUAAGACUGGUUUCGGAGGCAGAUUUGGUGUUCAGUCCGAGAGGCAGGAUUCCUGUGCUGUGGGGUUUGAUUACAAGGAGAGACUGGCCAAGCACGAGUCCCAGCAAGACUACGCCCGAGGAUUCGGCGGGAAGUACGGGGUGCAGAAGGAUCGCAUGGACAAGAAUGCUUCCACUUUUGAGGACGUCACCAAGGUGUCCUCCACUUACCAGAAGACAGUCCCUGUCGAAGCAGUCAACAGCAAAACCAGCAACAUCAGAGCUAACUUUGAAAACCUCGCAAAGGAGAAAGAACAAGAGGACAGGCGGAAGGCGGAAGCAGAGAGGGCACAGCGGAUGGCGACGGAGCGACGGGAGCAGGAGGAGGCCCGCAGGCAGCUGGAGUUACAGGAGCAAGCCAGAGCCCAGAAGCAAACGCCGCCCGCGUCCCCCACUCCACAGCCGGUCCAGGAGAGGCCGCCUUCCAGCCCCAUCUAUGAGGACGCGGUCCCGUUCAAGGCUGAGGCCGGCAGCAGAGGCCCCGUGAGCGAGCCUGAGCCUGUGUACAGCCGGGGGGCCGCCGACUACCAGGAGGCCGGCAGCCAGCAGGGCCUGGCCUAUUCCCCUGAGGCCGUCUACGAAACGACAGAGGCCCCCGGCCACUACCAAGGAGAGGAGAACACCUACGAUGAAUAUGAAAACGACCUUGGAAUCACAGCCAUUGCCCUCUAUGACUACCAAGCAGCGGGCGAUGAUGAAAUCUCCUUCGACCCUGAUGACGUCAUCACCAACAUCGAGAUGAUUGAUGAUGGCUGGUGGCGCGGCCUGUGCAAGGGCAGGUACGGGCUCUUCCCGGCCAACUACGUGGAGCUGCGGCAGUAGGCGGCCCAGCCGCCGCGACCAGUCCUGCUCGCCUGUCGGCCCGUCAGGGCGGGAGGGGAGUGUAUGUACUGCUUUUAUAUUUAAUACUCUCGCCGACGCUUUUGAAAACGUUUAUGCCACAGAAUUUGCUAAUAUAUUGUAAUCGUGUUCCUUAGGAGGACUUUGGGAAUUGUUUUUAUGCGUUUACGGUAUUUUUUUUUCUUUGCCAAAUUGACUGUCACAUGGAGCCACAUCAGGGACCCUUAGUUCUCCUGAGUGCGCGCUGGCCUUGUCCCCAUGGUCAGCAGGUGGCACCCGUGACAAACUCAUGAUCUUUCACUUCAUCACCUGUCGCUCCAACGAUGGCCGUGUGGCUGUUAGGCCCUGGUCACUGUCCCCGGAAGGACGUCCCUCUCGAGUCUCAGUGUUGGGACAAAGAGAGAAGGGCAUGACAGUCAGAAUUGAGGAAAUUGCUAGAAAGUAUGCGAGCUUUAAGGUCAGGUGGAAAAGCCUUUCGUACUAUGAAAUCCCACAUACUUGAGUUUAGCAUCAACCCCGCGCUUUCUCCCGGGUGUCCCUUCUUGUCGGUCCCUUGCCUCCCUUGACGCCCCAGCCACCCAGGAGCUGCUGAGCCCCUGCCUCUGUCUCUAGGGUCCGGAGGCCUGCACAUGGCUGCUGGCGCUCGGACACAUGUCUGUUGUGUGGAAAACAGGCCACUUUGCUGCCGGACGCAGGUGCCUUCUCAUAAACUGCCAGAAAAGCCUUCCCAUCGGGGGAGUCAUGCUGUUUUGCCAAAGCAUCAUGUUGAGGGACAGUAAAACUUGACUGACUUGCUGAAAACAGGAAGCGAGCAGGAGCGGUGCUCUCAGCGUCUGGGACAGUGGCUGGCGAGCGUUUUCUUCCCUGAGGGGCGGUUGUAUGUCAUCCUUGCUUUCCCAUGAUUCGGUCGGGUUUAUAUGCAAUCACUGUGUCUAAAUUUCUGUAGCACACAUCAUAGGUAUGAUUUUUUAAAUUAAAUAUUCAAAAUAAACUUUUUGAUCCAUUG